GCAGCAGUGUAAUUAGCACUUGGAAGCGACACGUACAGUAUAACUAUACAGCCUAUAUUUAUUUUAUAUGUAUAUAAUGAAUUAAGAGAACCUUGAAUAUGUGUAUAUAGAGUUAGUAUAUCUGUAACCUCUACUCCAAAUAUUUAUAAUGUAUAUAUGUCUUUUUUUAAUGAUUUUAUUGUCAUGCAUUAUCAACUAUAACUGUGGGGGGGAGCCUUAGAAUUAAGAUAUUGAUUGCCAACAACUGCUUUUUUGUAAUUGUUGGGCAUAUAAGAAUAUGUUGAUGUUGAGAAUUUGAUAUAUUGCUAUAAACGCUGAGAUGUAACUUAGACAGUAAUUGCACAGCGUCUACUUGGUUGCUUCACGGUGCAGGGCCGCCGUGGAGCAACCCGAGUCCCGCCACAUGACGAUCCAAGGAGGGACCCCCCCCCGCGGCCCCGGCGUGUCAGCCCCGCUCUCCCAACGCCGACAGCUCAGCAGACUUCCCCCGAAAGACGUCUUCAACAACAAGAUGUUUAUGGUCGGGGGAUGGACCCGAGAUGACCCGUCCUGUCCGCUGGAACAGUUCAGGCCCGAGUGCAACGAGUGGAGAGCCGCAGCGCGCAUGGUCAUCCGCCGCGGCAAAGUGGCCGUGGCUGCUCUGGGCGGCCAGAUCUACGCAGUGGGCGGGGCGGACCACGUCAGGUGUUACAGCAGCGUGGAGAGGUACAACCCCGACACGGACAGCUGGAGCACAGACGUGGCGCCCUUGAGCAGCCCCCGCAGCGGCGUGAGUGCGGUGGCGAUGGACGGGUACCUGUACGCCAUCGGGGGCCACGACGGCGUUGCUGCCGUGAGCGCCGUGGAGAGGUAUGACCCACGGAUGAACACGUGGAGCAAGCAGAGGCCGAUGCUGAGCCGACGCAGCGGAGCGGCGGCCGCCGUGCUGGGAGGUCACCUGUACGUGAUGGGAGGGAGCGAUGGCGAGGUGGCUCUGGACUCCGGUGAGGAGACACAACGUCCCGGAGCUAAGACGUACAACCCCGACACGGACAGCUGGAGCACAGACGUGGCGCCCUUGAGCAGCCCCCGCAGCGGCGUGAGUGCGGUGGCGAUGGACGGGUACCUGUACGCCAUCGGGGGCCACGACGGCGUUGCUGCCGUGAGCACCGUGGAGAGGUAA